CUGAAGUGGGAUUGGUAGAAGAGGAAGUAGGUAUGCAGCGGAAUCCUUGAGGAGGUUUCAACAACAGAAAGAAGCAGUCUCUGUUUUCAUCUCAUCUGAAUACUAUAUUAAUAUUAAUUAUAUUAAUAUUAUGUAUUAAUAUAAGCAGAGCCAUGGCCAACAUUCAGAUUAGAAAGUACCAGGAUGAGGACGCUGAGGUGGUCAAGGAGCUCUUCACCUUGGGGAUGAGCGAACACGUGCCUUCGUCCUUCACCCACGUCCUGAAACAGCCGCUGACCCAGAUGUUCCUCAUGGUCACGUUUUGCGCCCUCAUUACCAGCUCCAAGUCCUUCCUGCUGCCCGUUCUGGCCAUCACGCUCAUCCUGGCCGCGGUCCGGCAGAUGGUCGUCUACAUGUUCAACAAAUACAUAGAGGCCACCCUCCGGAAGGACCUCGACAACAUCGGCGGGAUCUACCUGCAGAAGAAGAAUUCGUGCUUCUGGGUGGCCGAGAGCGACGGUCGGGUGGUCGGGACGGUGGCGUGUCUCCCCGCCGAGACAGCGCCCGGGUUUUUGGAGCUGAAGCGCAUGUCGGUGCGCCGCAGUCACCGGGGGAUGGGCAUCGCCAAGGCUCUGUGUCGGACAGUGGCGGAUUUCACUCGAGAGAGAGGUUUCCCUGCCGUCAUCCUUUACACAUCCGUGGUGCAGGCUGACGCUCAGAAACUGUACGAACACAUGGGUUACACGAAGAUAAGAGAGUUUGUCUUACCAGAGUUUACAGCUAAAAUCCUGAACUUCACGCUGUUUGAGUACAGACUUGAUUUGCAGACAGAUAAAGAAAGGGACUGAAGCAACAACAUUUUUGGGUUGAUGGUACCAUUCAGUUAUCCUCCAGCUAUCGAGGGACAGCACACGGAAAGCAAACUGUUUGCUACUGUAAAACAAACACACUAGAGAGAUCAGCAAACCACUAUUGGUCUUUAUUAGAACAUUUUUAGUACUCCAUUGUUUAAACGGUGUUCCGAUCUGAUUUUGGCAUUGGUCCGAUAUCAGCCAAAAAAAGUAUCGUAUUAUAUCUGGCGAUAGAAGCUCUGCGCUCCAGGAUUCAAUCCGGCCCAGGAUUUCUGUUCAGCAGCGCUUGUAUCCCGCAGCAGACCUAUUGGGUAAUAAUAAACUGGUCGUUUGUUGACUGUUGUUCUUUUGAAUACUA